AAAUUUAUUGAAAUUUUGCUGCCACCUCGAUUGCAUGCUUUUGUUCAUUGUUUUCUGACACUCAUUCAUUUCUCACCCUCUUCAUAUCUCUCUCACCGUUUCCAAUACCAAAUCCUCCACUCUCAAAGCAAAACUCACCCAAUAAAAUCCUCUUCAUCAUCCAUAUAAACCAAACACAAAACAUAACAUUUUCUCUCCUCUCAAGUCUCUAAUGGCUAUUGAGACUCACCAUCUCAAUCUUUUCCCUCCUCACUUCAUUCCCAACCGAGAAACAAUCAUCACGAAUCCAAUCGACUCAACCUUCGUCAACAUGUACAACGCGAACAACUACUCCUCCUUGCUACCACACUCCGCCACCACCACCACCGCGUCGGAAACUCUCUUCCCGGCAGCGCCGCAGUACGCUUCCUUCAUCGCCGAUUCGCCCGCCGCCAUGAAAUCUGACAGCACUCUCACCUACAACCACCACAACACCACCACCGCCACCAGCAACGGUGUCCCCUUCCAGAGAAAACGUUCCAGAGACGCCAUUAACAACAACAACUACCUCUUCUCUCCUUACAAGAACACCAGCAACAACGCUUUCUCCUUCCUCGGUGAAGAUAUCUCCCUCCACAUCCACCACCACCAACUCGACAUCGAUAACCUCAUCUCACAACACAUGGAGAAGGUGAGAAUGGAAUUGGAGGAGAAACGGAAAGGACAAGUGAGAAGGUUGAUGGAAGCGAUCGAGAUCGGGAUGAUGAAGAGGCUGAAAACGAAGGAAGAUGAGAUCGAGAGAAUCGGAAAACUGAAUCUCGCGCUUGAAGAGAGAGUGAAAUCACUCUACAUCGAGAAUCAGAUAUGGCGAGAGCUAGCACAAACAAACGAAGCCACCGCAAACGCUCUCCGCGCAAAUCUGGAGCACGCGCUGUGUCAGAUCAGAGAUUCCGACGAUGAGGACGCCACCGUUGUUCCGCCGGCAAUGGCGGCGCCGGAGGAUGAUGCGGAAUCAUGCUGCGGUAGCAACAACGAUGAUGAUGGGUGGCGCACGGUAGUGCAGCAGGGGGUGCAGGAUAAGGAGUGUGGUGGGCCCGAGAGUGAUAGGAGGAGGAGAUUGUGCAGGAAGUGUGGGAAAGAGGAAUCGUGCGUGCUUAUCUUGCCUUGCAGACACCUCUGUGUUUGUACUCUUUGUGGGUCUACCCUACACAAUUGUCCUAUCUGUAAAUCCUACAAAAAUGCUAGUGUCCAUGUUAACAUGACUUGACUAGUUGGAAGGGUAGUUGAUUUUUUUUGGUCCAUUUUGAUUAUCAUCUCUCCAUAGCUUUUUGAUGAUGGUAGUAGUACAAAGUGAUAUUUUUCACCAAAUUGGAAAAAUACAAAAUCACAAGCAAGAAAUUUAAUUCAAUUUGUUUCCAUA